CAGCGUCACUUUAGUCGCUCGUGCGUAGUGCUACUCAGAAGCUAGAGGCCCUGAUUGCUACAAGGAUGGUGUUAAAAGCUGUGUGUGUGCUGAAAGGAGCUGGAGAGACAACCGGGACUGUUCAUUUCGAACAGGAGAAUGAGUCAGCCCCUGUGAAGGUUACAGGAGAAAUCAGCGGCCUUACACCCGGUGAGCAUGGUUUCCAUGUCCAUGCUUUUGGAGACAACACAAAUGGGUGCAUCAGUGCAGGGCCACACUACAAUCCCUUUAACAAGAACCACGGUGGUCCGAGUGAUGCGGAAAGGCAUGUUGGAGACUUGGGGAACGUGACUGCAGGAGCUGAUAAUGUAGCUAAGAUCAGCUUGGCAGACAGUCAUCUCAAGCUCUCAGGGCCCUACUCCAUUAUUGGCAGAACUAUGGUGAUCCACGAGAAGACUGACGAUCUUGGAAAAGGAGGAAAUGACGAGAGCCUCAAGACUGGAAACGCUGGUGGCCGCCUGGCCUGUGGAGUUAUUGGCAUCACUCAGUAAAUGUAGGAUAAUUUGACAUAAGAUGGAGCACUUAAGUUUUCCCCAAGGCACUUAAUGAGACCAACAUAGCUACUUGAUGUAACCUUGUACCUUUUAGUACUCUGUGGCCCUUUGACUAGUUUUCCUGUUAAGCCUUUGUCCCAAUCGUUCCUAAUGAAAGUUGAGGUUUAUC